AUGACAAUGAUUAAUUCAAUAAUUAAUAUAAGUUUAAAUAAAAUUUCAAAAACACACCAAAUUAAUAAAUUUAAAAAUGAAAAUAAUUUUUAUAAUAAUAAUUUAAAAUGUUCAGACCUUGAUGUUGAUUUUCGUCAUCAAACUAUAAUUGGUAAUAUACAUUUAGGAAAUAAAGGAAUCUUAGCUGGAAUAUAUUAUAAUAUAUAA